CACCUAAACGUGAAGAAAUGGAGCUCCUCCUCCUCCUCCUCCUCCCUCCUCCUUCCUUUACUUCUCCCCUAACCACCCUUUCAUGCCAACCUCCUCCUCCUCCUCUACCACCCACACCUCCACCCAACUCAGCCUAAAGCCCAAGUCUGGAGACCGAUCAAAAGGCACACCCACAACACCCACCACCAUCCUUAACACCAGGAACAUGAAGCCCCAACAAGAACCAAAGAAGUACUCCAAUGGCUCCUUAGCCAAGAAGGAGAAGGUGGUGAGGUAUAGAGAGUGUCGAAAGAACCACGCCGCAAACAUCGGUGGUUACGCUGUUGAUGGUUGUCGUGAGUUCAUGGCUUCCGGUGAAGAAGGUACUGUCGAGGCCCUCAAGUGCGCCGCUUGCAAUUGUCACCGGAGUUUUCACAAGAGGGAGGUUGAAAGAGAGCUAGAGUGUGAUUGCUCCUCCAACUCCAAUUCUUGGAGAUGAGUCUUCUCAGAGACUUUGACUUUCUCUCUCUCUCUCUCUCUCUCUCUCUCUCUUUUGCUCUCAUGGUUUGGAUCUAAUAUUUGUGAGUGCUUUCACGUGUUCUCUUCUUCUCUUGUUUUUUAUUGGGUUGCCCUAAAAAAAAGUGAAAGGUUGGAAAGAUAUAUAUAUAUAUAUAUAUAUAGUAGAUACAAUUAUAUAUUGAUGUUAAUGUAACAUAUCACUUGUUUGGGUUUGUGAGAUGAAGAUGAUGGUGAUGAUGAUAUAGUGAAUUGUUGUUAGGAAGUCAUGAGCUUCUUGUUGUAGUACUUGAGGUUAAUUAUUUCAAACAUAUCAUUGAUUUGGAAACUACAUAUUUGCAUUAUUGGAUGGUAUGAUCUUGUCAAGGUUAUAAGUUUCUGAAAUUUUCUUUUUUUAAGUAUUGAUUUGAGUUGUUUUGAUGCUCUUUUCAUUAUUAACAG